CUUUGUGUAAGAAUUUGGCUCCCGUUUAAAACGGGAACGCAGCCAAGUGUAGGCAAUAUUUUCAAUCUUGUUCAUUUUCUUCUUUAAUUAAGCAAUUAAAAGCCCCCAUUCAACACAAACAGAAUCAAAAAAUGGCAGGAGAUAGACGCAUUGGUGUGGCUAUGGACUUCUCAGGUAGCAGCAAAAAUGCUCUUAAAUGGGCUAUCGAUAACUUAGCUGGUAGCGGACACACUCUGUAUAUCGUCCAUGUCAAUCCCGAGUCGCUCGAUGACAACAGACUCGGGGCUAAAUCUGAUUUAAUUCCGUUGGCUCAGUUUAGAGAGCCAGAGAUUUUGAAAAGUUAUGAUUUGAAGAUUGAUAUCGAAGUUCUUGAUAUGCUCGACACCAUUCACGCACAGAAAGAUGUGACUGUUGUAUUACAACUGUAUCGGGGAGGAGAUUCAAGAGAGAAGCUUGUAUAUGCAGUUGAAGAUCUAAACCUUGAUUGUUUAGUUAUGGGCAGCAGAGGAUUGGGUAUUGUUCAAAGGGUUUUGCUGGGUACUGUGAGCACAUAUGUGAUGACUCAUGCUUCUUGCCCUGUCACCAUUGUCAAAGAUCAUCAUUCUAAAAAGUAAUGGUGCUAUUGAUUGUGAGCUGCAAUUUUGAAUUGAUUAUGGGUUUGGUUCUUGAUGGAUGUUUUUUAAUUUAAUUGUGCCGAUGAAUAAUUGUGAAUUUGAUCUAAUAAAUUAGCUUCGGGGAGAAGCUUAUCCCGGUCAUUUUAUC